UGAAGUGAAAAGAAGCAUGGAGACACAACAAUAACAACAAGAGUUUUGAAGCCGUUAAAAACCUAUUCAAAACGAUUAGAAUCCCUUCGAUUUCGGGCUCUCCAUACGAAUCCCUCCAAAAGGGAAAUUGGGUCAAGCUUAUCUGCGGCGCUAGCUUCGAGGAUGUCGUCGAUGUCAGAAAUCUUUCUCUAGUUUAUACUCUUGCUGGGGUUGAUUGCAUUGAUUGUGCGGCCGAUGAAUCGGUAGUGACUGCGGUGAACGAAGGCAUCAAUGUGGCGGGAGAGAUUGGGGGUCUCCUUCGACGGCCUUGGGUUAUGAUCAGUGUUAACGACGACGAAGAUCUCCACUUCCGCAAAGCUGAAUUUGAUCCAGAUGAUUGUCCAUCUGACUGUUCAAGACCGUGUGAAAUGGUUUGUCCUGCAAAUGCAAUUUCAUUAGAACUGAUACCAGGGGAAGAUGAAUCUACUAAUGGUAAAGCUGCAUGUGGGAAAUUCCAGGGUGGAGUAAUAACGGAACGCUGCUAUGGUUGUGGCCGGUGCGUUCCUGUAUGUCCCUAUGAUAAAAUAAGAGCUGCUACAUAUGUCAGAAAUGCAGCUGAGACAGCUCAACUUCUUGAGAGAAGUGAUGUGGAUGCUGUAGAGAUACAUACUAGUGGAAGGCAAACUGAUUCUUUUGAAGAACUAUGGAAUAGAUUGGGAGAUUCAAUUUGGCAUGUGAAGCUAGUUGCUGUUAGCUUACCCUAUAUUGGGGAUUCAACUGUUCCUACAAUGAACAGACUAUUUUCAAUCAUGGGUCCUCGUCUUAGCUGCUAUAAUCUAUGGCAGCUGGAUGGCCGUCCCAUGAGCGGAGAUAUUGGACAAGGUGCCACUAGGGAAGCUAUUGCAUUUGCUGUUCAUUUGGCUGCACUAAGAGAUAGACCCCAUGGUUUUUUGCAAUUGGCUGGUGGCACCAACUUACAGACAGUUGAUGGUUUGAAGAAAGCAGGACUGUUCCAGAAAACAGAAAAUGGUUCACAGAAAGCUUUAAUUGGUGGGGUAGCUUAUGGUGGCUAUGCAAGGAAGAUUGUUGGGAGAGUUUUAAGUCAGAUACAAUCCCAUUAUGGCCUGACACACAUAGAGGAUCACCCUGACUAUUUCUUGGACGCGCUUAAAGGAGCCCUCACUUUGGUUGGAACUGUCAAAUGCUACAAUUUUCCUUCAGAAGUUUGA